AUGUUCUACUCCAACGAUGGUAAGUGGGUUUUAAGAAGUUGUUGGGAUAUUUUAAGUAUAGUAAAAAUUAUAAAAAGUUGAAUACUAUCUCGAAGAAAUACUUUUUUAGUUAAUUUUUGGCCAAAAAUGUAUAACAUUAUUCAUGAUAAGCCCAUGUUUUUUUCUUAAAAAUCGCUAUUUCAAAGCCCAAAUCGGACAGAAAAAAAUACUUUCUAGGCCUUCUAGAUUGUGUAGAGCACAAGGACUAGCCAUUAAAUACGAUCUUACACCUCUUUCUGACAUAAAAUUACACACGAAAUUUCGAUUUUUUCUCUAAAAUUCUCGUUUUCAGCCCAAAGAUCUGAGAUCCCCACCACAAUCAUAAUGGGCGAGAACUUCUCAUCGGCUUCGUUUUCCAACUGCGGCGCUGUUGUAGCGCCCCCUCCGUUGCCUCGAUGCGCCUCUUACGAACUCCCAUCGCAAGAGCAAGCCCCUUUGGUCGGAUAUAACUUCAAUUCCACUGCUGGAUGGUGGUAA